AUGCGGGGCUCUACGGAUCCUGCUAACGUUGAUCAGUACGACUCCCGUACCUACACGCGGAAGGGACUUGCGACGCGUGUCGUAGUCCGUGAAAAGCCAUAUGUUAAAUCGCGCUCGCAGCGGCUAGUCGACUUCCUUCGACCUUCGAUGCGCACUGGUUAUAACGUUGUGCAGGGGUUUGAGCUGGCUAAGGUGAUGUUCUGCGUCAUAUUCCCUGUUUUCAUGCUCAUAUAUUGGAAAAGCGUCCAGCGGAAACUUCCAGACCAAUGGGAAAGCCAACUUUCUGGGCUGCAGCAUCGUCAACUGAAGGAGGAGGCGGUUCCUGAGCACGACACGGAUUAUUUUUCGAUUAUUGAGACCUUUCAAGAGCGGCGAGAGAAAGCGCUGCAAAAGAAACAAAGGGAGGUGGUAGGGACCUCUUAG